AUGUGUCACUCCCCUCGCUUCCCCCGCCGUCAAAAGCCGACGCUGUGGGAAGAAGACCUCCGCCAGAACCUCUGUGCCCACUGCCGCAGCGGGAGCUACCAGUUUGAAAGUCAGUCUAUCUGCGUCUCGCCCGCAAGAAGUCAAUGGGCCCCGCCGCAUACGAACCCUUUCCUCUGUGACUUAUGUUAUGCGAAGCGUGUACGUAGCCACCGCGAGCUAUGCCCGCCGCUCGACUCGCUAUGGUGCCUGUGUGCGCGGCGGCGGGAUCUCUCAUCCCUGCUCUUGAACAGACAGAUUCAUCGCGAAGCGGGGUUUGUGUUUUGGACGGAGAACUGCUUUGCGUUUGAGGAGCCGGCCUUGCUGAUCGACUUUAUGUCUGUUUUGAGACCCAAGGUCCGCGAUUUGGUUUCUAGGAUGUCGCUUAUGACGAGCGUUGACGAAGACGGGGACGAGGAGCCUGUCUUUGACCGUCCGAAGGUCGUCGUUCGAGCCUUGAAGUUGCUGGGACGGUGUCGUGGCCUGAUGCACCUCGAGCUCGACGAGGCCUUUUUGUCUGAUGUGAGGUUCGUGAGGGCCCUGCGGGGCAUUGGCGUGGGGAGAAGUGUUACCUUUGUGAGACGGUCGACGCGCCGCGAGCUGAUCUCGAUGGACUUUUUGGUGCAGCGUGUCUGGGGCAAGGUGGCAAUGCGUAGUGUCGUGGUGGAUUCGUUAGCGGAGAAAAUGGCUUGGCCUGUGUCCCAUCGACGGCCGCUUACCCGGCGGGGUGCGAAGCGGCUUUUUGAGCGUAGGGAAAGGAUGAGACGAGGGCUGGUUGAUACGGAUGAUGAAUUAGAGAAGGGAUCCGACAGUGGAUGA